UCCUCAACUUCUUUGAGUUUGUCCGCUUUCGGCUGCGGGUGCCAGUGUGCCGUGCAGGACGGAGAUACACCCUCACCUCAGCACUUUUUCGAAUUACCAGAGAAAUAGGAGCAUCCCUCGGUUUUUGCAGUUGCUGCAGCGCCAAGGUUCCUGCUCAGCGCUCAGCGCAACUUCCACCAAAGUUUAGUCCUCCUCCCCCGCAGCAUCUGACGUGCAGCAUUGUAGUUACCUGCGCUGACAAGGAGGUCGUCCCCAGCGGUAACAGUUACUGAUGGAGCUCUGAACUUUUUUUCCCCCCUUUUUAUUCCUGAGGGCAGUGGAUAUUGGGAUACUCGGUGAUCUAAGGUGCAGCGGCGCUCAAGGGAUGUUUUGAGCAAAUGCCAUUGCAAUGCUGUGGAUGUGACUUCAAACGACAGCUUCGCAACGGUAGAGUCCUGUAAAACACAAUGAAAGACGACUUUGCUGAUGAGGAGGAGGUGCAGUCCUUUGGCUAUAAGAGGUUUGGGAUCCAGGAGGGCACGGAGUGCACCAAGUGUAAAAAUGACUGGGCACUGAGGGCGGCCAUUGCACUGCUCUAUGUGCUGUGUGCCCUGCUCACCAUAGCAGUGGCUGUGCUUGGAUACAAAGUGGUUCAGAGAAUGGACAAUGUGACAGAGGGCAUGCAGAACUACGGAGGCAAGAUCACUGCUGUGGAGACAGACUUAAAGAAACUAGAUGAUCAGGCAGGGGAGAAGUCAGAUAAUGCCACCAGUGAAAUCCAGACCUUCAAGUCAGACCUCCAGACAUUACAGAACCAACUUAAUGACGUUGCCCUGAGGGCCACUGGCAACCGGGCUACGCUGGAUGAACUUAAGAUAACAGGAGAGGACAUGCAAAAUGGCCACGUCUCAUUGCAGAGCAUUCUGGACAGCAAUGCCGCCUCACUGCGUGGGGUCAACCGGACCCUGACCUCCUACAGCAGCAUGAUCGAUGACCUUCAGACAGACACUGCACGACUCCAGUCAGAGCUCCAGGGCCAGGUUAGGGUGCAGGGUCAAUCCCAGGUGAGCAUCAAUGCCCUGAACAUCACACAGGCCCAGCAGCGCAGUCUGCUCAGCAGCCUUCAGAAGACGGUGGAGGAUGCAGGCCAGGCUGUGCAAAAGCUGAAAAAUGACUAUCAGGGUCUGCAACAGACAGCCAGACAGGCACAGGCUGACACAGACUGGCUAAAGGAGAAGGUCCAGAACCUCCAGGUGCUGGCAGCCAAUAACUCAGCUUUAGCCCGGGCCAAUGGGGAUACUUUGGAAGACAUGGCAGCACAGCUGACCUCGCUGACCAACCAAAUCCAGAACGCUUCAGCCCUCACUGAAGGACAUGACCAGAACCUGCGAGAGCUGAUGGACCACCAGCGUGACCAUGAUAAUACCACCUCGGUCAAGUUUGAUGAAAUGGAAGCGCGGUUAGACAGACAUGAGAGCGACAUGGACCGGGUGACUGGAAAUGUGAGCUUUGCCUCACAGCUCCUUGGUGCCAUCAGCUCUGACCUGAAUGGCCUGAGGUCCUGCGCUGAGACAGUGAUGCGCCACUCAGACCUGCUGCUGGGACUGAAUGGGAGCGUUGCAGAGGCCAAGGCAGAUAGCAAUGAGCUGCGUGCCCAGCAGGAUGAACUGGCAGCUAGGCUGGACAGAGAGGUCAGCAACCUGUCUAUCAUCAUGGAGGAGAUGAAGCUGGUGGACAGCAAGCACUCACAGCUUAUCACAAACUUCACCAUCCUGAAGGGUCCUCCAGGUCCAAGGGGGCCUAGAGGUGACAAGGGACCCCAGGGCCCAGUGGGAGCACCAGGACAAAAAGGUGAUAAAGGGGACAAAGGGGUUCCAGGAGUGCCAGGAGCUAAAGGAGACAGGGGGGCUGCGGGACCCCCAGGGGGUGUAGGUCCUAAGGGUUUACCUGGGGCUCGUGGCAUCCCAGGGCCUAAAGGUUCCAGAGGAUCUGGAGGUCGGCCUGGGCCCCCUGGUGAGAAGGGUGAGCCUGGGGUCCCAGGGCUCCCUGGCAGGGAUGGACAGCCAGGGCCGCAGGGAGCACAAGGACCACAGGGUCCCAGAGGACUAGCAGGGGCUCCGGGGUUGGACGGGCCUCGUGGGCCUGUUGGACCCAUCGGCCCACCCGGUCCUCCAGGGCUACCGGGGCUCCCUGCGCCACCCCCACCACCCCCACAACCCCCACAACCCCCACAAUCUCCAAAACCUCCACAACCUCCUCAACCUGCUCAGCCCCCACAACGCCCAAAACCACCUCCGCCAAAACCAGCUCAAGAGCCACAGGCCUCUGUGUCUCGGCAGGUUCAGCUUCCUGUUGCCACCACCCCAGUGCCUGGCUGCCCACCCCAGUGGAGAGGGUUCGGAGACAGCUGCUACUACUUCUCCUCGGGUUCUCAGAGAUUCAAUUUCGAUGAGACCAACGAUUUUUGUACCAACAUGACAUCUUCUAUGCUCAUUAUCAACAACAAUGAGGAACAGCAAUGGGUGAGAAGACAGAUUGCAGGAAAAGGCUACUUCUGGCUGGGCCUGACUGACAGGGAGGAGGAAAAUGUCUGGAAGUGGGUCGAUGGAACCAUACCCACUUUCACGAAGUGGAAACCUGGCCAGCCUGAUAACUGGGCCCAUGGCCACGAAGAGGGUGAGGACUGCGCUGGUCUUAUCCACGAAGCUAACUGGAAUGAUUUCUUCUGCACUGACCGCAUCGGCUUCAUCUGUGAACGGACCUCUGACUUGAAAGUUCCAGUUUUAUAGCAUCCAUCAAUGAAAAUGUGACCUGUCUCUGGGAAAAGCUGGAGAGGAAGAGAUGCUAUGAAAAAAUGAAGGACAUGAGGAGGAGCUCUAGAUUACUAGAGGACUCUGAUAAAGCACCUCCCAGCCUGGUCUAGCAUCACUGAGACUAGGAUUGGUCUUUAUAUCACUGUCACAAAGGCACCACAGUAUGGUGCCCAGACAGAGAAUGCACAAAGCCACCCCACUGUUGUAUUGAUACCGUAUUUGUACUGAUGGAAGCAUAAGAUAGUUUUUUAAUCAGGCUAUGCCAAAUCAUUCUUUGCUGCAGCCACUGUUGUACAGUUGUUUGUGUAAAUAAUAUUUCACAAAAGACAGUGUUGGUUGGGAUAGAAUUUCAUAUCUUGAUCUUAUUGUUUUACCUGUUGCCUGUCUCCUCGGUUUUUGACACUACAAUCUCCAUAUCAGAGAAUUAUCUUGUUAAUAAAGUGGUAUUAUUUUUAUACUAUCACAGAUGAAGUUCACAGAUUCAGCACUAUGUUCAGAAAUAAGCUCUAGAAAAAUAUGUCACAGUAACACGUCUCCCAUCUCUUAAAAAAAAUAAAAAUAAUAAUGCAACUCCAAAGCUAUGAGGCAAAGCUAGUGCAAAUUUGUCACAAAAUAAAAUCAACAUUUUUUAUUUUCUUUUCUAUUUGAGAUUAGACGCUCAAAGUGAGCAAUGCUGCUGUUUUAUGGUGAAAGGACAGUAUUCCUUAGACUUUAGACUACCAGUACAAAGCUUAUAUAAGCCAUACAUUAACAAUAUGUAAUUUUUGUGAUGUAGCCAUCAUAAGGUGAUUUGUUCAUUACGCCAAAUACAAUAUGUAAAAGAUUUUACAGUUUUAUAUUUUGCAUAGAUUUAAUCAAUUGUUAUUGCUGAUUGUAUGAUUGACCUUUGUAAACCAAUUCAUAUUAUCAUUCACAUGGCACAGAGGUUUGAGGUAGGUUUUUAAUCCACCUCAAGGCUCCUCAUGCCUCCUGUAAAUUGCCAGGUUUCCUAUGGAUCAGGCCAGAUCACUUAUAACAAUAAAGUGGGAAGAAAACGGUG